ACAGGGAGACACGUCCAUCAACAGAACCAGGAGCGCGUCCACCACCCAACUGCACAGCUAAAAAAAUCUGUGUCAAGAUGUCCAACUCUGGAGGUCGCAGGCUGAAGCAGUGGCUGAUGGAGCAGAUCCAGAGCGCGCAGUAUUCAGGGCUGCAGUGGGAGGAUGAAAGUCGAACCAUGUUCCGAAUCCCGUGGAAACAUGCAGGGAAACAGGAUUACAAUCAAGAGGUUGAUGCAUCCAUCUUCAAGGCAUGGGCUGUGUUUAAGGGCAAGUUUAAAGAGGGGGACAAGGCUGAGCCUGCGACCUGGAAGACCAGACUCCGCUGUGCGCUCAACAAAAGUCCUGACUUUGAGGAAGUGAGUGAGAGGUCACAGCUGGACAUCUCUGAGCCCUACAAAGUGUACCGGAUUGUACCCGAAGAAGAGCAGAAGCAUGGGAAAAGUCCAGUGAUGCCCAUGACAGCUGCCACCAGCUCCAAUGAUCUGACGGACAUGGACUGCAGCCCUGCAGAAAUAGAGGAGUUUAUGAAAGAGGAGGAGGGCUGCAGCAUCCAGACAAGUCCAGAGUCUUGGUCCCAGGGUAGCAUCAACGCUUUCCCACUGCAUCAAGAGCCGAUGCCAUCAGGCACCUCCAGUUCAGCUUUUUCUCAGAUGAUGAUCAGUUUUUACUAUGGAGGCAAGCUGAUGCACAACACCCUGGUGACCCACCCUGAGGGCUGCAGGAUUUCCCCACAGCAGCACCCGGGUCGUGGCGCCCUCUAUAAUUCGGACAGCAUGCAGAACGUUCAUUUCCCCCCGGCUGAUCUCAUUGAGUACGACCGGCAGCGCUAUGUCACACGGAAGCUGCUGGGCCACCUGGAGCGAGGGGUGUUGGUGCGGGCGAACCAGGAGGGGAUCUUCAUCAAGCGACUGUGCCAGAGUCGUGUCUUCUGGAGUGGACUCAGCGACGGGAGCUCCCAGUACAGCUCCGUGCCUGGCAAACUUGAGAGGGAUGCUGUGGUCAAGCUAUUUGAUGCUGGAAGGUUUUGUCAAGCUCUGCAGCUGUAUCAGGAGUGUCAGAUCCCGGCCCCUGACCCCACAGUCACUCUGUGUUUUGGAGAGGAGCUCAACGAUCUCAGCAGCGCCAAGAGCAAGCUGAUCAUUGUGCAGAUCACUAUGGUGAACUGCCAACACAUGCUGGAAACGGUGAACACGCGCCGCUCUCAGGCUUACAGCAACAACCCAAACGUGGGGAUGUGCGACGACAUGGCCACCGAGCAGAUGGCCCGGAUCUACCAGGACUUGUGCAGCUACAGCGUUCCCCAGAGGUCAGCCUGCUACAGGGACAACAUGUCCAUCGCCGUCUGA